GAAGACCCGAGGAUGAUGAUGACAACACUGAAGUUCUAUCGCGUUCGAGUUCACUGUGAGAUGUGAGACCCCUCGCGUUCGUCCGGUCGAGAUUUCGUUUCGAAAACUAGGAGCGGAAUGAGCUAGCCAAGAUGGCUGAAGAACGAGCUGGGCUCGGCUCUCUGAUCGAGGAGCUGACGACCACGGGGCGGAAGGAACUCGAUAAGAACAAAAUGAAGGAGCUCAAAACCCUUGUGAAAUCCUCCGAUGAUUCCCUGCAACAGGCGUGUUACCUGCUGAUGACCCAAUUGGAAAAAGACCACGCCGAAAUACGAAGAAGUGCGGUAUCGAUCAUCAAUGAGCUCUUCAAUCGAUCUCACGUAUUCCGAACCCUGCUCCUCGACCAAUUCCAGAUCUUCCUCGAGCACACCGUGGAAACGAAUCCGGACAAUCCCCUUCCGAAACCUGUUCCGGUCGCCAGAGAGCUCAAAGCCCUGACUCUUCGUUUCGUCAAGGAAUGGCACGCGAAAUUCCAUAGAGGCUAUAAGUCGCUCUCUAUCGCGGUGAACUAUUUGAAGAACUUGAAGAGACUCGAUUGGAAUCAAAGCAACGAGACCGUGGGGAAUCCGGCACCGGCUGUACAUUCGAAUGAAUACAUGCAGAGAAUGCAGAAAGAACGAGCGCAGAAUAUUUGCGACCAAUUCGACGAAAAUCGGGACACCAUGGAGGGAAGUCUGACCGAGCUUGAGAAUUCUCUCCAACUUCUGCUAUCGUCGGUGGCCGAUCCAUUGAACUUCCUGAAUUCGACCGACCCGGACCAGCCCGGACCCAGUCGGGUCCAGGACAGGGACGAGAGACUCCGCGCUCACGGGCUCGUCAAGAACUAUUCACUCACUGUGGAAAUACGACCGGAGAUAAAGAUCGUCGAAACAUCCGACAAUGCCGACUUGGUUUCCAAUUUGAAGGAGUUACGGAAAGUCUUGAAAGACAACCACCUACCACAAGUGCAGAAAUGGCUGAAGAGUUUGAGCAAACUUCACGGAGCUCCGCCCGAGCAAAUUCGCCGACUGAUAGAUCUCAAGGAACGUAUGGAGAGACUAGACACUAAGCUGGAUGAUUUGAAAAUCGAGAUUCCUAUCAGAACCGAAGGUCAGGGCGGGGACUCUUCGGACGAUGAAAGCGACUUCGAAGAAGUUGAAGAAAAACUGCUCGAGGACCAUAUACCGCCCGUUUUGAGAGCCGAAUACGGCCUAGAGCCGCUACCCGAAAAGACCUCAUCGAAACCCAAACGGAACGUAAUGGAAGAAGAAAUCGACCCAACGUCUCGAGCCGCUCAAUACAAGCGACUCGUUGAGAGAUUCUCUCGUCAGGCGAAGCGGAAAAAGGGAGAAGAUACCAAAAAUGCGAUCUUCAAGAAAAUUCGAAAGGAAUCGACGCCGACGGAAGCCCCGCAGGCGAACAUUGUGAAGAAGGAGCACGAGUUCAAGAAACCGGAGCCGAAAGUUCUGAAAGAGCCGAAACCAGUCGAGCCUGUCGCAGGAACCUCGAAAGGGAAUCGAGACGCACACGUCUCCAGCCGAAAAGAGGAGCUCCUCAAGAAAGCUCCGAAAAGGAAUUUCGAUCUCGAUCUAUAUCAUUGGGAGGACGAAAAACUAGAAACUGCCGUUCAAGUGAUCCCGAUCGAGUCUCCGAAUGGCUAUCUGAAACCACGAGACGAUGACCAAGUGAACGAAAUCCAAAAACGGAUCGGAGAGGCGAUGGUCAGAGAGAGGAAAAUCGACUUUAGCGGCACUUUCGAAGCUGUUAAAUGGAGCUGCAGAGCUCCUCUGCCAUCAGGGAAACUGUGUCCACGAAAGGAUCGGUUUAAGUGUCCAUUCCAUGGCAAAAUAAUCGCUCGAGAUGAGUCGGGAAGAGCGAGCAACCCCGAUGAAGAACAUUUGCAGCCGUCGACCUCUUCUCAGCUGGAUUGGCAGGACCCCGGGCUGCUGCGGGAUAUAGAGGCCGAGAUCGGCAUAGAUCUCACCAUGCCCAAAAAAGGUCAAAGGAAGAAGAAGAAGGAUAAGGAAGGGUUAUCAGAUAUCAAAAAAGCUGAAAAUACAACCCGGCGACGUUUGGAGAAGAGGGUUUUCGAAAAAGCUUCUGUCAGAAGAGUCGCAUCCGCGCUGGACGCUCUGGAUAGUCGGAAAUACGAUGAUAAGUUCGGGGAUCAGUGGAACUAUUCCUGAUCAUCGACGACUUUCAAUCGCCUUGAUCUCGAGAUCUCUGAGUUAUGGAAUAUUCGCUCUAUCCGGCAGCUGGAACGAACGUUUGAAGCUUUCGUUCGAGGACGUCAGAUGGCGCCGUAGUAUGAGCCUCCGUCGACGUGUGUACUAAAGGGCGGGUUCUCCAGACUUCCUCCGGCCGGAGCAGCUCACCGCGGUUGGACGAUGCGUGAUUUCAAGAAUAAAGUGUGAAUACUUCAGUUUUUAA